GGGGGAGAAAAGGAAUUGUCAUCUGAAGAAAAUUCAAAAGGCAUGAACGGUCUUUCUCUCUGUGGUGCUAUGAAUUACGAACUCAUUCGAAGCAAUCCAUAUCAGAGCUCGAAGAAGGAAGCAUUCCGAAAACUUCAAGCAACAGCCCUUCCUCCCCGAGAUAUCACAAGUCCCAAACCCGACUUCUAUAUUUCCGCGGUAAAGGAUGUCGAUGGUCCAGAGUCCGGGGAAUGCUAAGGCCGUGCUUUCGACUAUGGCCGCUCUUGCGGCUUCGUCGAUGCUGAUCCGUAGCCUUGUCAAUGAAUUCCUCCCCACGGAAGUCCUGGAAUAUUUUAGCUCGACUGUGCAGAACAUAUCUCGAUGUCUUUCUUCUCAGAUUACGAUCGUCAUAGAAGAGUUCCGAGGGUUCUCCCAGAACGAGGUGUUUGAGGCUGCUACCCUCUACCUAGGGAGAGUUGCUGCUUCGUCCUUCCACCGGGUGAAAGUGGGGAAGGACGAUAAGGAAAAGGCGUUUGCCGUGGCAGUAGACGUAAAUGAAGAGGUGAUCGAUGUCUUCGAGAAGGUCAUGCUGCGGUGGGGGUUGGUCUCCAUGGAAGUACAGUCCUCUUCAAUGGGCCAUUUCAGAGGAGGUCCAGGGCUAGGCAAUCUCAAUGCCGCUCUCCGGUCGGAAGUGAGAUCGUACGAGCUGACGUUCCAUAAGAAGCACAAGGACAUGGUCUUCAACUCGUACUUGCCUUUCGUCAUGAAGAAGUCAAGAUCGAUCCAGGAAGAGAUCAAAGCAGUGAAGCUUUACACGACCGACUAUAAUGGUUGGAACACCCACAACGCGAUCGUUCUCGACCACCCGAUGACAUUCCGAACCCUCACUAUUGAUCCCGAGCUUAAGAAGAUGAUUUUGGAAGAUCUGGACAUCUUCAUAAAUGGGGAGGAAUAUUAUCGGAGCAUCGGGAAAGCCUGGAUACCUGCUGUAUGGCCCUCCUGGUACUGGGAAAUCUAGCCUGAUAGCGGCCAUUGCUAACCACCUGAACUUUGACAUCUACGACCUCGAUCUGUCCGCGGUUCAGACGAAUAUCGAUCUCAAGCAACUGAUGCUCAGCAUGUCUAAACGGUCCAUACUAACAAUAGAAGACAUCGACUGCUCCACCAGCAUACACAACCGAGACACCGAAACAGAAUCAUCUGACCCUAAUCGCAAUAAGGUGAUGCUCUCGGGCCUCCUUAACUCUAUGGACGGGCUACUGUCGUGCUGCGGAGAGGCGCGGAUCAUUGUACUCACCACAAAUCACAAGGAGAGGCUCGACCCAGCGCUGCUCAGACCAGGUCGAAUGGACAUGCACAUCUGCCUGUCAUACUGCAGCAUUCCCACUUUCAAGGAGCUCACGUUCAACUACUUGGGGCUUCGGAAUCAUCAUCUCUUCCACGACAUUGAGGAGGUGAUCGGAGAGGCUAAGGUCACCCCAGCAGAGGUGGCCGGGGGGCUUAUGAAGAGCCGAAACGUCGAGGCAUCCCUUCAGGGCCUUGUCACCUUCCUCCAUAACAAAAUUGCCCAACGUGAUGCAGCAUGAGGCUAUAAGAAACAUAAGGUCCAUGACAAGCAGGGAAGGGAAAGAAAGACAAUCAACAAAUGAGGACCGCUUCAGGACGCUCAGAACAGUGGCAGUUUUGUCAAUCCGUAAAUCAGACUUCGGUUUCCCGAGGGUGCAAUAUGAAGAUUCAAGAAUGCCCCAUAGACAAAAUGUCAUAUCUGAGCAAGAAAAUGUAAAUUGAGACACAGUUGGAACACCUUUGUUUACAGAGUAAAUACAUUCUGAGCUAAAGAAUCAUUGCCCACAA